CGGCAGCGCACGUGACGCACCGGGGCCACGUGACAGCGCCACGUGACGCGGGCCCGGAGCGCGGCGGAGCGGGACGGGAGCGGUGCAGCCAUGGUGUCCAAAAAGCAGCUGGCAGAUUUUGGCUACAAGGCGUUCUCGGGCUCCAUGAUGCUGCUGACGGUGUACGCCGGGUACCUGUGCAGUGUCCGCGUGCAGAGGAUGCUGCAGCAGCGCCGCCAGCGCGAGAGCGCGCCCGGCCCCGACAGCUGAGCUCUGCUGGGGUGGGGCUGCAGCUGGGAGCUGAGCCUGUGCUGGGACUGGGAGCUGAGCCUGUGCUGGGACUGGUUCUGGACUGGGACUGGCCCAAGGAGCUGGGACUGGUCCUGGUCCUGGGAGCUGAGCCCAUCCCGGGACUGGUCCUGGCAGCUGGGACUGGCCCCAAGAGCUAAGCCCAUCCUGGGACUGGCCCCAAGAGUUGGGACUGGUCCUGGCAGCUGGGACUGGUACCAGGAGCUGAUCCCACACUGGACCAGCCCCAGAAGCUGAGCCCAGCCUCAGGAGCUGAUCCCACACUGGAACAGCCUCAGGAACUGACUCCAGCCUCAGGAGCUGAUCCCACUCUGGACCAGCCUCAGGAACUGAGCCCAGCCCCAGGAGCUGAUCCCACACUGGACCAGCCCCACCUUCCCAGUCCCCCCCAGCUUGGGGGAGGAAGAUGCAGCACAAUAAAACCCAUGUGAAAGUUG